AUGCUCCCUGCUCUCCUUCAAAUUUUGUUGGUAGCCAUUUUCAGCUUUAUAGUAAGUUUUUUUGCUCUGAAACUAUGUUGAUUUUUUUUUAAAUAUUGCAGACUGGAUUUUUCGGCUUCAUAUUAACGAUUUUAUGUCUAAUAACUUGUUGGAGAUCCGAAAAACUUCGAAACGAUUUUGGUUUCCUGUUCAAUCAAACAAUCUCAAAAUUAUUUGUCACAAUUAUUUUUUUCGUCUGGAUUUCACCAAUAACCUAUAUGUAAGCUGGAGAAAAAAUUUCAAAAAACAAAAAAUUUACAGUCAACAAAAUGAGACAGGUGGAGGAAUAUUUGGAAAAUUCAUCGGGCAGGUUUUAGUUAUCAAUUGGUGUGCCUUUAUAUAUUUUCAAGUUCUAGAAACAAUCAAUCAUUUUUGCUCUAUGAUUUAUCCAAACUUUGUGAGCCUCCUCAAAUAUUUUCAACAAAAAAAUCUAGAAUUUUCAGCGCUUAAAACUGCUAUCUCAACAAAUCCCGGUUCCAUUGUGUAUUUUUGUCUGGCUUAUUUCAGUCUUCCAGAAUAUUCCAAUGUUUCUUUAUAAUGAUUGUUACAUGUUCUACAAUCCAACUACUUUUUUGUUCGAUUUUGCUACGACUUCUUGUGGAGACACUUUAGUGACAAUUGUUAUUUAUAGAAUUAUGUUUGUUGCAUUUAUUUUUAUCGCUGUUUUGGAUAUGAUUCUUUUGGUAACUUUUUUUUUUAAUUCACAAAAAAAAACUUUUUGCUCGCGAGCGAAAUCGAACUCGCCACCUUCCGAUUCAAAAACAAUCAUCUUACCACUGAGCUAGUUGUAUCAUUGCUAGCAGACCGCAAAAAUAUCAAAUAAAUAUAUUGCAGACCACGCAAUCAUUUUUGAAUUGCCACGUCAUAACUCAGCAGCUUGAAAAUUCAAAAUAUGUUUUUCCAGAUCUUCGUGGUUAGUAGAGAUGGUCGAAUUAAUAUCGAAGUGUUUUCACGGGAUAUUCUAUUCACAUUACUUGUGGUUUCAUUCAACACAGCUAUGAAAUUCUACCAAGAAAACUUCUAUAUUUUCCUAUUCACCACAUUUGCUUGGAUAAUUCAAAUAUGCUUCGAUGCAUUGCUCAUUCUAAUUUUCAAUUUCAAGAAAAAUAUAUCUAUUUGGAGAAUCACAUGA